AUGAGUCACGUGGAUGCUUAUAGAGGGCAAUCUUUUAGCGCGGAUGCUCUCGCCAAGGGCGAUUGCUGCAGACAGGCGCUGUGCGGGUCCUGCUGCGUGUCGAUACCGAAGGACUCACAUGGGCACGAAAAUGACAACCACUAUAAACCGAGCCGCGCUCGAUCCAGCAAGCAGGUGCUAGCGCUCGUCGGCUUCGGAGCCGUCGCGAUCCUCGUGCUGCUCGUGCGCGGCGGGUUGCCGGCUCGAUCACCUCUCCACCGCGGCAUAUUCCCUUUUCCGAAGCUCCCCGCGGGUGCUACGGCUUCCGUCUACCAAUCAACGACUGCCGCGUGGCUGGACCUGACCGCUCUGUUCUUCCUGUUCUUCGGCACCGCCGCUUUGACGCGAUUCGCCAUCAUCCACCUGAUUCGGCGGCAUCCGCAUUUGAGCCUUCCCCUCGCGGCGCUUCUUUCCGCCGAUCGGGGGGGCGGUGGUCGGGGUUCCGCGGAAAGGAGCGGGUGCGCAUGGGGGGGAUCCGCGUUCAUGCGCGACCUCUGCGGAAAAGCCGGCAAGAUGGGGCUGGGCGGAGGGUUUUGGCGCGCGGCGUGGUGGCAGGCGCAGAUUUCGCCUUCUCCGCGCGGGAGGCGCAGCUCCGCGCAUCUGGCGGAGCGAUCUUCCGCCGGCUCCGCGGAUUUUCUGCGCUAUUUGCGGCCGAGCGGCACCUGCAAAAGCCUAUCAGAGUCCGAAGAUGCUGUAGACGACGCGUUAUGUCUCACCGUGAGGCGGUACACUAACGGGGAUAGAUACGAAGGCGAGACGCGUGACGGAGUAGCGUCUGGAAGCGGCGUGUAUUAUUUCGACGAAGCUGCGGGGAAAUACGAAGGCGAGUGGGCGGACGGAAAAUACAGCGGGCUGGGUGUAGAAUCGUGGGAGAGCGGCAGCGUGUACCGAGGCGAGUACAAACGCGGAUACCGCGAGGGGCGGGGGCUGUACCAGUUCCACACUGGGGACGCGUAUGCGGGCGCGUGGGCGCGCGGGCAGAGCCACGGCGCGGGGUUGCAGAUGUGCGCGGAUGGGAGCACGUACGCGGGGCAGUUCUCGUACGGGCUGAAGCACGGCUUCGGGAUCUACACCUUCAGAAACGGCGACGUGUACGCGGGGGAGUAUUUCCGAGAUGCCAUGCACGGGUACGGCGUGUAUACCUUCAGCAACGGGCAGUGCUACGAGGGCGCAUGGCACGACGGGUGCAAGCAGGGGCUGGGCCGAUACUCCUUCCGCAGCGGGGACUCCCUCAUGGGCCACUGGCACCUGGGAGCGCUGCUCACACGCUGCUGUGACACCCCUCCUGCCGCUGUCUCUGCCACUUCUGCUGCUGCUGCCACCCCUGCCGCUGCCAGCUCGGCUCCAUCUGCGGCCUCUGCCUUUGACGCGGUGUCUGACUCAGUUUCAGACUGUGGCAGCUGGGGUGCGUCCUCCAGCCCAUCGUCGCCCUCAGCCUUUUCAGCAGCAUCGUCACCAUCAGCUGCAGCACCAUCAGCAGUGUCACCAUCAGCGCUCAUAGCGAGCCAGUCUCCAGUCAAUGGGCGCCCAUUAGUGGACCCUGCUAAAGUGCUAGCAGCCGUAGAGGCUGCAAGGAGGGCCAAGAAGAGGGCAGAAGCACUGUCGGCUUCGGAUGAGAGUUUAUCUGACGUGGUGGCUGCAGCCAAUCAGGCGGCUGCUAGUGCCAGGGAAGUAGCGGCUGAAGCAAGGGCCUUAGGGCCCCAACCUGAGACCAGGAAUGACCUGCAAAGCAGUUCCUGUCGUCAAAUUCAGAGUGUUCUGUUUCAAUCACUGGCCAUGAAGCUCGCUGACGGCAUGGCAGCGCUGGUCACGGGAGCUGGCUCGGGAAUUGGCCGAGCGGCUUCUCUGUAUCUGGCGGCUAAGGGCUUGAAGGUGACCGUUGUAGAUUUCUCAGAAGCAGGCGGAUUGGAAACGGUGCGGCUGAUUCGAGAGCAGACGGGGAGGCAAGAUGCUGCGAGAUUCGUCCAGUGUGACGUCAGCAAGCCUUCUGACCUGGCCCGUGCAUUCGCCUCGCACAUGCAAUGGUAUGGCCGUCUCGACGUCUGCCUGAACAACGCGGGCAUAGGCGAGAAGGAAUGGUUCCUCAAGGACACGUCAGCAGACGGCAAGGGAUCCUGGCGCCACGUGCUGGACGUCGAUCUGACGGCUGUUGUUGAUGGGACGCGCCUUGCUGUGCACGCAAUGCAGCUGUCUGGGAAAGGCAGCAAGGGUGGCACGAGAGGCGUGGUAGUGAACGUGGCAUCAGCAGCAGGGCUGUACCCCUCGCCCAACGGCCCCAUUUAUGCCGCAUCCAAAGCUGGAGUGGUCAUGUUCACACGUUCAUUGGCUCAUCUCGCUGCCAGUGGCAUUCGCAUCAAUGCUCUCUGCCCUGAGUUCAUUCAAACCCCGCUGGUGAACCAGAUCACAGGGCAGGCGGCCAAGCAUCUCCCCAAGGUGGUCGCUUCGCUAGGGGGUUUCAUUCCCAUGGAGACCAUAAUGGAUGGUCUGGCCGAGUUGAUAGAAGAUGAAAACAGAGCGGGCGAGUGCAUGUGGAUCACCAACCGGCUGGGCAAGCAGUGGUGGCCGACCGAGGAGGAGAAGAGGCGCUACCUGGUGGCGGGCACACCUGGGGGAGGUGAUAGUAAAGGGGGUGACAACAAAGGAAGUGCCAGCAAAAGUGAUGCAAGUGGGGGUGGAGGGGCAUUGGCGUUGGGUGCCAUGCCACGUGCGAGGAGAGGUGCUGGUUUGGGGACAGCUGGGGGUGAAGCUUCUGGGAAGCAGCGUGUGGGUGUGGCGAGUGGGCUGCCUUCGACUUUCCAGAAGCUUGUGGUGCAGCGCCUCUCCUCGGACUUCAGACAAGCGACCAGCAUUAUCGAGGCGCCACUGCCGCUGCCUGUGCCGGCAGGGAAGGUGCUGCUGCGAGUGCGAUACGCAGGGGUCAACGCCAGCGAUGUCAACUACUCAGCCGGUCGCUAUGCGGGCAGCCCAGCGGAAGCAUCCCAGCAGCUUCCGUUCGACGCAGGCUUCGAGGCAGUGGGGGAAAUAGUCGCACUACCAGGCAGCAGCACAGCAUCCAGCAGGGAGGGGAGGGGGGGCCUGGCAGGGGGGCUGGCAGUGGGGCAGGCAGCAGCAGCGUUGGCGUAUGGCGCAUUUGCAGAGUACAUGCUGGUGGAUUCCCGAUGGGUCAUUCCUGUGCCUGACUGUUCCCCGCAAAUGGUGGCGUUGCUGACCAGCGGCCUCACUGCCUCCAUCGCUCUAUCUGAGUCUGGGCGUAUGGGCAGUGGUGAGACGGUCCUGGUGACGGCAGCAGCUGGAGGGACGGGCCAGUUUGCAGUGCAGUUGGCAAAGCUGGCAGGGAACAGGGUGGUGGCGACAUGCGGCAGUGAGAGCAAGGCAGCCGUGCUGAGGGACCUUGGAGCGGAUGUGGUGGUUAACCACCGCACAGAAACGGAUAUGGCCAAGGCACUGAAGCAGGCCUGUGGGCCACAGGGAGCAGCAGUGGUGUUUGAGUCUGUGGGGGGCGAUAUGUUUGCUCCUGCACUGAAGGCGCUUGGCCGAUUUGGGAGGCUCAUUGUGAUUGGCAUGAUGUCACAGUACACGGCAGGGCAGGAGGGGCAGUGGGUGAGCAAGGCUUAUCCUGGUCUUUGUGAGCGCCUGCUCUCCAACUCCCAGACGCUGGUCGGGUUCUUCUUGCUGCACUACCCGCAACUGUGGCGCUCCCAUUUCACCAAGCUGGUCACCCUGUACCAAGCAGGCCUGCUCAAGGUGGGAUGGAGUGAUAGGCGUCUCAAAUCCUUCUUCCCCCGAUCAUCGCAGGUGGCCCUCGAUCCGACGCCGUUCAAGGGACUUCCUGCAGUGACGUCAGCAGUGGAGCACUUGCAAGCUGGGAGCAGCGUGGGCAAGGUGGGUGGGAAUUAG